UCUCCACUCCCCUCAACUCUCGCUCUCUUCUUUAUUCUCAUUCUCAAAACAAACAUUAACUCAAACAAAAACAAACACCAUUCUUUCCUCUACUCUUUUCAAAAUAGAGAACCAAUCUUCUCCACUAUGGCAACAUUUACAGCAUCACCUUCAAACACAUGGAUCAACACCAAAUCUUCAUCAAGGACAAAUUCAAGUUCAAUCUUGUUAAACAAGAAAAGAUCCACCUCUAAAAACACAAUCUCAUGUUCGCUACAAACAACACUCCCUUUCCCAAAAAAAUACCAACCUCAAUCCACGAAUACUACAACAACAACCUUAAUCCCCACAAGAGAAACAAAACCCAAUUUGCCCUCCAACACAAAACCGCUACACAAACAAGAACAAAAAUGGAACCUUCUACAACAAGCCGCAGCCACCGCCCUCGACUUCGUCGAAACAACGUUAAUCAAACAAGAAAGCAAACACCCACUGCCCAAAACCUCCGACCCACGUGUCCAAAUUGCCGGUAACUUCGCCCCAGUACCGGAACAUCCGGUAACCCAAAAUCUUCCAAUAACCGGCAAAAUCCCAAAAGGCAUUGACGGUGUUUACCUCCGUAACGGCGCAAACCCACUUCACGAGCCGGUUGCCGGUCACCACUUCUUCGACGGAGACGGUAUGGUCCACGCCGUUAAAUUCACUAACGGCUCCGUCAGUUACUCUUGCCGCUUCACCGAAACCCACCGUUUGGCCCAAGAAAAAGCCCUGGGCCGGCCCGUUUUCCCUAAAGCCAUAGGCGAACUUCACGGACAUUCCGGUAUAGCCCGUCUCAUGCUAUACUACGCACGUAGCCUCUGUGGGCUCGUCGACGGUACCCACGGAAUGGGCGUCGCUAACGCCGGUUUGGUUUAUUUCAAUAACCGUCUCUUAGCCAUGUCUGAAGAUGACAUCCCAUAUCACGUUCGUGUCACACCUAACGGAGACUUAACCACCGUUUGCCGUUACGAUUUCAAUGACCAACUCAAAUCAACAAUGAUUGCACACCCGAAAGUUGAUCCCGUUGAUAAAAAUCUCUACGCUCUAAGCUACGACGUCGUUCAGAAGCCUUAUUUGAAAUACUUCCGUUUCGAUUCUAACGGCGUUAAAUCACCGGACGUUGAGAUUCCGCUAGCCGAACCAACUAUGAUGCAUGAUUUCGCUAUCACUGAGAAUUUCGUGGUUGUUCCCGAUCAACAAGUUGUGUUCAAAUUAGGCGAAAUGAUUCGCGGAGGAUCACCCGUUGUUUACGACAAAGAGAAAGUUUCUCGUUUCGGUGUUCUGUCGAAGAAUGCCGAGAAUGCUUCCGAGAUGAAAUGGAUUGACGCACCAGAGUGCUUCUGUUUUCAUCUCUGGAAUGCUUGGGAGGAGCCUGAGAAUGAUGAAGUUGUAGUUAUCGGGUCGUGCAUGACACCGGCGGAUUCUAUUUUCAACGAAUGCGACGAGAGUUUGAAGAGUGUUUUAUCGGAAAUUCGAUUGAAUUUGAAGACAGGGAAAUCAACAAGAAGAGCCAUUAUCGAAGAAUCCGAACACAUGAAUUUGGAAGCUGGAAUGGUGAACAAGAACAAACUGGGUAGAAAAACACAGUUCGCUUAUCUCGCUCUUGCUGAGCCAUGGCCUAAAGUUUCCGGGUUCGCGAAAGUCGAUCUUUUCAGCGGCGAGGUGAAGAAGUAUAUUUACGGCGAGAAUAGGUUCGGCGGGGAGCCUCUGUUUUUGCCUAACGAGGAUUCUGAGAAUGAAGAUGAUGGUUAUAUUUUGACAUUUGUACAUGAUGAAAAGGAAUGGAAAUCGGAGAUUCAGAUUGUGAAUGCUGUGAAUUUGAAGUUAGAAGCUUCUAUUCCGCUUCCGUCUCGAGUUCCUUAUGGGUUCCAUGGAACUUUCAUACAUUCGAAAGAGUUGGAGAAACAAGAGUGAGUGAGUUAAUGAGUGACUCAGUGAGUCACCUUAACUCGUUCUGGUCUGUGAGAGGAAAGAUUUUACUGAGGGAUGGUUGCAGAUAUGUCCCCGGAAUCAACUCCUCUGUUUUUUUUACAGCAGCAGAUAUUAUUAUUUUCUGCUUUUUUUUUAAGUUCUUUUUUAUGGGACCAGCUUGUAGCUUUUGGAGGUAGAAAAUGAAGCUCAGCUGGUUUUUUUUUUUAUUUAAAAUUUUUAAUUUUCAGUUGAUGUGAAUGAGAGUAUAAAAAAAUAUAAAAUGAUGAUCACAGUCACAGUGUAGAAUGUGAUAUUAUAGUAUGUGGUUAGUGUCACAGUCACAGUGUAAACUUAUGUUUCAGCACAGUUUUGUGUUGUAAAUAUCAGAUAUCAUGUUUAUAUUUGACUA